AUGUCCGAAAAGCUCCCUCCCUCAUCCUCGUCCUCCCCCUCCGCCGUCGCCACCCUCUCCCCCCUCAACCGCGUCCUCUCCCCUCCCCUCAACCUCCUCCCGCCCAACACCCCACCGCACCUCUUCCCCUCCGCCGUCUCCUACUUCAACUCCCUCCCCUGGUGCGCCGCCCUCAUCAACGACCACAGCCCCUCCGCGGGCCGCCUCCCCGGCCACGGACAAGCCAUCGCCUUUAUCCCGCAGUGCUUCAACCCCGUCAGCGCGCGGCACGACCAGUUCGUCGGACGGACCCUCUCCCACGGGCAUCCCGACGCCGGGUCCCAUUCUUCUGGCUCUUCUGAAGGCGAGGGGGAGGGUCGUACGAGGGGCCCACCAAUCCGGCACCUGCUCUCGCUGUUUCGACCCGCCGACGACACGGAGCUGCGCGACCCCUCGCGGCCCAUCCUCCGCGUCGCGACGCUCUUUGCCCUCGGCGACGGCACGUCGGGCUACGAGGGCAUCGUGCACGGCGGCCUCACAGCCACGAUCCUGGACGAGAGCCUCGGCGUCGUCAACGAGCUCAACACUGCGCUCGGCAAGGAGGGCAGCCUCUUCUCCGCGAGCAGCGUCACUGCGUCUCUCAGCGUAAAGUUCCUCGCCCCGGUGGCGACGGCGGAGAAGGCCAUCUGCGUCACGUCCUGGGUCGAGGGGAUGCAGGGGCGGAAAACCAUCAUGAAGGCAGAGGUCACCAACGGAAAAGGCGAGAAGCUUGCCGUGGCGGAGAGCGUCUGGGUAGCCGUCAAGCCCCGGUUGUGA